AUAGACAAUUUGUCGAAAUUGUGGAGAAUGUGGAAAUGAAAUCCUUGGACUUGUUUAUGAGCCAUUCACAAUUCUCGCCUGUGGACAUAUCUACCAUAGAAGAUGUAUCGAGAAAAAUUUUCUACUUACAUAAUCGAACAUAUGUCCCACUUCUAAUUGCAAUAAAUCUGUCGAGCCUGUGGUCACCGAACGAAGAUUUUCUCAAUCGUCUCAAAGAAGAUGAGGAAAUGAGGGAUGUCGAGGGUAAAGGUGAAUCCAGGAAUUGUUCCAAGUGUUCUGAACGUAAGCUAUGUCCCGAAUGCCCAUCUAUCAACGAUCUGGAAAAAGAAGGAUAUUAUAUCUCGCCUACUGUUUUAGUCAACGAAACACCCAAGAAAAAAAGGAAGAUUCAAGAAGGGGAUACUCAUAAAAGUAGACCUAAAAGGGCCACAAAACCAAAAGCAAUCAUUCAAGAGUUAUCUGUUGCUUCAACCAGCAGUGGACCAUCAAUCAGCACUCCUUCUGAAACCACCAAUAUUGGUGAAAUAUCUAAUCAAUUCCAUAAAUUAUACUACGACGUUGAUAUUGCUGAAAAGAAGGGUGAUCAAGAGAACCGGGAUGUAAUUCAAUGCUACUUUCGGUUUGGGAGAGCUCUGCCAGAACGACUUGCUGUAUUGUUAAAAAAUAACCCUCCACAGACAGCGCAUACAAA